AGUUUUAUACUAACAGAGACUAAUUGAAUAAAUUACAUCGUACGUGUAAGUAAUUGUGGUUGCAAAGUAUGGAGGUUUGGCCUUUCUUCGUCAAGAGAAAGGGAUGGGACGGUUUCAUUUGUCUCGUUUUAGUUUUCUAACAUAUUUACAGUACUUCAAAGAGUAGCAGCUUGUGUGAGACGGUCACACAAUCCCAGCGACACUAAAUAUGAGACUUGAGGUGAGGGUUUAGUUUGACCCCAGGAAGCUUUCUCUUUCAAGUGAUAAUUUACAACAUGGCGGGUACUAGCGUUCACAGAAAUCGGUUACCUUCAGGUUAUGACGAGGACUUUGUGAAUGCAGUUGAAGAUGAAAAUCUCUGUUUAAUAUGUCAUUUGCCACUCAAGGAACCAUUUCAAACGAGAUGCGGUCACAGGUUUUGUAAAGAAUGCCUCGAGGAACAUUUUAGAAGGCAAGGAGCUCAAGAAAAACCUAUAACUUGUCCCGCCGACAGGGAGGGUCUGGACCGAGACCGGGAUGUUUUUCCUGACAAGGCAACAGAAAGGAAGAUUCUUUCUUUUGCCAUCAAAUGUCCAAGCGAUGGUUGUCAAUGGACUGGUGAACUGAGAAGCAAAGAGGUUCACUUGGCAUCCUGUCUUUUAAAACUUGUCCACUGUACCAACGAAAACUGUCACGUGACAAUGCAAAGGAGACAUCUCGAGGAACACGUGACCAUCAAGUGCACGUGGAGAAUCCUUACAUGUGAUCACUGCAGUGAGCCACAUCCAGAGUGUGAGAUGCAGGAUCACUUUGGAAAGUGCAGCAAGUUUCCGGUAACUUGUCCCAAUAGUUGCGGGGCUUCAAUUCCAAGGGAAAUGAAUCGAAAUCAUACUGAAUAUGAUUGUCCACUAACCUUAAUCUCUUGCCCUUAUGAAAAGAUGGGAUGUGAAACCAAGGUUCAGCGAGUUCAGGUGGAUUCCCAUCUUCAGUCUGCCACGAGAUUUCAUCUUGAUUUAGCUUGUGUAAAAUUAACUAACACAGAGGUUAAGUUAAACAAAACAGAAGCUAAGUUAAAUGACACUGACGCAAAAUUAAAUGAUACACAUAUUAAGUUAAAUGAGACGCAAGUAAAGUUAAAUGAGACAGGAUGGAAACUUGAAGCAACACGGAAAGUUGUACAGAAACUAGAGAGCCGAAUAUUUAUCUGGAGAAUUAACAACUUUAGUGUAGCUGUGAGACAAGCAAAGAUCAGAGGAAAAAUCAGUAAAGAAAGUGUUCCUUUCUAUACAGAUAGAACAGAAAGUUAUGGAUACAAGUUAAAAGUACGUAUUUAUCCUAACGACGAUUGGUUUUUUAGCCAUCGCCUGUCAGUGUUCAUUGUUGUAAUGAAAGGUGAAUAUGAUGCUAUAUUACCCUGGCCUUUCAAAAUGAAAUUGAAAUUUACAUUGAUUGAUCAACAGGAAGAUCCAGUUGACCGGCAAAACAUUACGGGCCUGUUAAUUCCAGACAAUAAACCAAAAGCUUUUGCAAGACCUGUGAAAGAGGAGAACGAAGAGUGUGGGUGUGCUAUAUCUCACAAAACACUUUAUUCAAGGCGUUACCUUGUAGAUGACGUUCUGUUUAUCCAAGUUGAAGUCAGCCCGCCAUAACUUUCCGCGCCUGCAAACGUGAACGUGUUUCGCCACAAUAGAUAUAAAACAACUUUUACUGUAUAGUUACUACGUGAAUGGAAAUGACUCGAAAGAGGAAAUCGGGUCAACUUGUUAAGUAAAUCCAGUUACAAAUUGGAAUUAGUCAGUUUAUGAUCAGUUUAACAGGUUUAGGUACCGAUUUCAAUAGUUAUUUCACACGUGGCGAGCUUUCAAAAUAGCAAAAAACAAGACACUUAGAUCCCAUGAAAAUACAGACUUAAUUAAAAAAGCAGACAAACAAACAAACAAACAAAUACCAUGUAAAUAAACAAAAUUGCUUUCGCGCCAACAAUCAAUGGUCUUUCUCAACGGUUAUUGUUGGUAACAUAAAAAUCUCCCUAGAUCGUUUUCAUUGUUAGAACAGCUAUAGAACAUACAGCGAUAUUUCUAUAAUUUUACGCCCUUUAUGAAAAAAUAAAUAUUGACCCAUGAAA